AUGAUGAACUCAAACCAGACGCAGCCAAAUUUGACAGGAGCUUCAGAUAUAGGGACAGUAACAAUUGUGCAAGUGACAUCGUAUGCGCUCAUAACAAUCCUCGGGACUGUUGCAAAUUUACUGUUGUAUGGUGCACUUCUGAGAAAAAAACAACGAAGCCCCAGCGAAUAUUUCGUGCUGAAUCUGGCUUUUACCGAUCUCAUGACGUGUGUAGUUGGGAUUCCUUUAGAUAUGGCCGAAAUUUUAAUCCAGCGUUGGCCAUUUGGAGCCUUCAUGUGCAAAGUUGUGUACCCAUUUCAGACGGCUUUAAUAGGAGUAUCAGUUGCAACAUUGACAUGCAUGGCCAUCGAGCGAUAUCGGGCCAUUGUGACACCUUUCAAGCCAAUGAUAACAAAAAGAAUGGUUAAGGUUGUGAUAUCCGCUGUUUGGUGCAUAUCUGGUGCUCUUGUGUCACCUUACAUCGUUGUUCUUGAACAUAAACGCGAACAGCUACAGUGCACCGAAGCGUGGCCAAGUGAGAACUAUCCAAAAAUGUUCACUAUGUGUGUUUUUCUACUCUUUUACUCUCUGCCUCUGUGUAUUAUUGCCCCGGCAUACAUUUGCAUUGGAUUCAGAUUGUACUCUGACGGAAAAAAGAUGAAACGAUUCAGCAUUAAACAAGGUGCUGGAAAUCAGUCGUUCCGAAAGCUGGUGAGGCAGCGAACAAGGACGAAUGUCAUUAUUGUGAAAACGUUUUUGUUCGGUGCUGUAGCGUUCUCCCUGUGCUUGUUACCCUAUCACAUUAUGUGGUUAUGGGCUGACUUCGGAAAUGGUGCUCACUGGAGUUAUUUUGGAGAUGUACUGGUGUUUGCGAACGCUUUGGUGUAUUUCAACAGUUUAGUGGACCCAUUUAUUUUUGGAGGCACUGUGAUACGACACAAUUGGAGUAAAACAUGUGCGGCCAUGCUUCAAAGGUGCUUGAAUAUUCAAAUGGUUAACGAACGGCGAAAGACAAACAACAACGUAUCCCUAAAACAACAAAACUGCGAUAAUUCAACAAAAAAGCCGUACUUUAAGCUUCCAAACGCCCCCAUUAUUUAUACUUCGUCCGUAUGAACACGGAUCAUUAAUCUGGCUGUCAAGUUAUGUUAGUUAUUUAGCGCUAGAGAUCGCUUGAGUCGCCAAGCGAGUAAAAUAUAUCGGUUUGUUAAACUUUUCAGAACGUAAGGUAUCAAUGUUAUUUUCUCUGGGGGCACAAUUGUUGCGAAACUUCGAUGUUAAGUUUAAAAAGCUGAACUUAUUAACCUCUGAAAGAUUUAACUAGGCCUUCGAUUGCCAAUUAUUUUGGACCUCGCCGAGUAAUCGAUUCAGAGGCUUACAUUUUAUCUUUGAUACUACGCGAUAAUGCUAAAUAAAGAUAUGAAUUGCUGCUGUUUGAUAAGCACAAUGAUACCUUCUGCACUGAUCGGGUGCAUGUAGCUGUAAGUUAUCUAAGGCCAUAUUUUGGAACGAUAACAUUUAACAGUAGUUUCGUGUAGUACCUACAGCCUAACGACCUAAGGUAUACCCCCUAUUUUGUAACAUCAACCGUUUUGAAAGGGAGCUUUCAUAAAAUUUGGCGUCUGUUCUGGAAGAUUUCUUGGAUCCUGAUGACA